GCGGCCGUAGCUCGGGUCAGUCAGGCAGGCGUCAUCCACGCAUUUAUCUAUAUUCCCUUUUCUUAAAUUAGCCACUUUAAGCUUCGCGAUACCGCCCCCAAUUUCAGUGUCGGUACGGAGCCGCCAGGCCGGGACAGAGACGGAGAGAGAGGCCUCGGCCAUGGAAGCGCUCGGACCCGGCCCGCCUGCCCCUACGUCUCUGUUUCAGCCGCCACGGCGUCCCGGCCUUGGCACGGUGGGGAAACCCAUCCGGCUCCUUGCCAACCAUUUCCAGGUUCAGAUUCCCAAGAUUGAUGUCUAUCACUAUGAUAUCGACAUCAAGCCUGAGAAGCGGCCUCGGAGGGUCAACAGGGAGGUGGUGGAUACCAUGGUUCGGCACUUCAAGAUGCAGAUCUUUGGAGACCGACAACCUGGUUAUGACGGGAAGAGGAACAUGUACACAGCACAUCCACUGCCAAUUGGAAGAGACAGGGUGGACCUGGAGGUGACUCUGCCUGGUGAGGGGAAGGAUCAGACGUUCAAGGUGUCUUUGCAGUGGGUGUCUGUGGUCAGUCUUCAGAUGCUGCUGGAAGCCCUGUCAGGUCACCUCAACGAGGUCCCAGAGGACUCCGUUCAGGCCCUGGACGUCAUCACGAGACACCUGCCUUCCAUGAGGUACACUCCAGUGGGGCGCUCGUUUUUCUCCCCUCCGGAGGGCUACUACCAUCCCCUGGGUGGAGGCAGGGAGGUGUGGUUCGGUUUCCAUCAGUCCGUCCGUCCUGCCAUGUGGAACAUGAUGCUCAACAUCGAUGUGUCAGCCACCGCUUUCUACCGUGCUCAGCCUGUGAUAGAGUUCAUGUGUGAGGUUCUCGACAUCCAGAACAUCAAUGAACAGACCAAACCACUGACUGACUCGCAGCGUGUCAAAUUCACCAAGGAAAUAAGAGGCCUGAAAGUUGAGGUCACACAUUGUGGUCAGAUGAAGAGGAAGUACCGCGUGUGCAAUGUUACACGUCGACCUGCCAGCCACCAAACGUUCCCCCUACAGCUCGAGAACGGCCAAGCCAUGGAGUGCACAGUCGCUCAGUAUUUCAAGCAGAAGUACAACCUGCAGCUCAAAUAUCCACAUUUACCUUGUCUGCAAGUGGGACAGGAGCAGAAGCACACCUACCUUCCCCUGGAGGUCUGUAACAUAGUGGCAGGCCAGCGCUGUAUCAAGAAACUGACCGACAACCAGACAUCCACCAUGAUCAAAGCAACAGCUCGCUCAGCCCCCGACAGACAGGAAGAGAUCAGCCGACUGGUGAAAAGCAACAGCAUGGUGGGGGGUCCUGACCCUUACCUGAAAGAAUUUGGCAUCGUCGUCCACAACGACAUGACGGAAGUCACCGGGCGUGUUCUCCCGGCCCCCAUGCUGCAGUAUGGGGGCCGGGUGAGCACAGACACAGGGAGGGACUGUGGCAGGGGACUCUCUCCGCAGAACAAAACCGUGGCCACGCCCAACCAGGGCGUCUGGGACAUGAGGGGGAAGCAGUUCUACGCCGGCAUCGAGAUCAAAGUCUGGGCCGUGGCCUGCUUCGCCCCACAGAAGCAGUGUCGGGAGGACCUGCUCAAGAGCUUUACUGACCAGCUGCGUAAGAUCUCCAAGGACGCUGGGAUGCCCAUUCAGGGCCAGCCGUGCUUCUGUAAAUACGCCCAGGGAGCUGACAGCGUGGAGCCCAUGUUCAAGCACCUCAAGAUGUCUUACGUAGGUCUGCAGCUGAUCGUGGUCAUCCUGCCCGGCAAGACUCCGGUCUACGCGGAGGUGAAGCGCGUCGGGGACACGCUCCUCGGCAUGGCCACGCAGUGCGUGCAGGUGAAGAACGUGGUCAAGACGUCCCCGCAAACUCUCUCCAACCUUUGCCUGAAGAUCAACGCCAAGCUGGGCGGCAUCAACAACGUCCUGGUUCCUCAUCAGAGACCCUCCGUGUUCCAGCAGCCCGUCAUAUUCCUGGGAGCAGACGUCACACACCCUCCAGCAGGCGACGGGAAGAAGCCGUCCAUCGCGGCGGUGGUGGGCAGCAUGGACGGCCACCCCAGCCGAUACUGCGCCACGGUGCGAGUGCAGACAUCCCGACAGGACAUGUCCCAGGAGCAGCUCUUCAGCCAGGAGGUGAUCCAAGACCUGACCAACAUGGUGCGAGAGCUGCUCAUUCAGUUCUACAAGUCCACACGCUUCAAACCCACACGCAUCAUCUAUUACCGUGGCGGCGUGUCUGAAGGACAAAUGAAACAGGUGGCAUGGCCGGAGCUCAUAGCCAUCCGGAAGGCAUGUAUCAGUCUGGAGGAGGAUUACAGGCCGGGCAUCACCUACAUCGUCGUUCAGAAGCGUCACCACACUCGUCUCUUCUGCUCUGAUAAAGCUGAGCGGGUUGGGAAGAGCGGCAACGUCCCGGCUGGCACCACAGUGGACAGCACCAUCACGCACCCGUCCGAGUUCGACUUCUACCUGUGCAGCCACGCUGGGAUCCAGGGAACCAGUCGUCCCUCCCACUACCACGUCCUGUGGGACGACAACUGCUUCACUGCCGACGAACUGCAGCUCCUCACCUACCAGCUGUGCCACACCUACGUCCGCUGCACGCGCUCCGUCUCCAUCCCAGCGCCGGCCUACUACGCCAGGCUGGUGGCCUUCAGGGCGCGCUACCACCUGGUGGACAAAGACCACGACAGUGCUGAAGGCAGUCACGUGUCGGGCCAGAGCAACGGCCGGGACCCGCAGGCGUUGGCCAAGGCAGUUCAGAUCCACUAUGACACGCAGCACACCAUGUACUUCGCCUGAGCUAGUGAGCACGUCAGCCAGUCCACCCGCAGAUUCCCUUCCCUUCCGUUCUGUCUUCUUUCUUUUUUAUUUGCCGGUCUCUCUUUUCCUCGUAGUCUCACUUUCUCUUCAUAGUUACUGUCCAUUUUCUGAAUCUGCACCAAAGCGGCUCUUGGACAGGAGAAUCUGCUGGGUCUCGACUUCCAGCGGGUUCUGUUUCAUGGAACAAUCUCCAACCAGCGUUCCUAAAACGAGCCGCCUUCCUUACCAGCAAUUCAGCACCGGGAACCUUCACGGGUUCUCGAUAGUAAAAAAAAAAAAAAAAAAAACCCAGAAAAAACAAAAACAAACCAUACACACAUGUACAAGUUGAGCCAUUUAUUUUUGAGUUUGUUUUUGUUUUUUCUAUUCGAAUGUCUGCACUCUUGUUUUAAUGAUACACUGAGCAAGGGAGUGGAAUGGCACGGUCCGUGUCAGCGCAGCUCUUUAGCUCUUCCAGCUAAGCAGGACUCUUAUCUACUUUUACCUCAAAGCCCCUUUGGGCAAAAUCUGUCACAAGGUCUUGGGUUUAUUGGGUGGUGGGGAGGGAACUCUAUAAAGACAUGGAGGGGAGUUGACCUUUUCAGAAUGAUAUAUAUUUUUCCUUUUUAUGAGUGUGUGUGUGUGUGUGUUUUAACCUUUUCUCCUUUACAGUCUUUUACAAGCGAGGUGACCAUGCCCAGUACUACUUUCCUCCUAUCUUAGCGAAGAACAUGUUGGCGUGUGUGCGUGUGUGUUGAGUCUGUAUAUAUGUGUACUGCUGUAUGAGAGUGUGUGUGUGUGUGUGUGUGUGUGUGUGUGUGUGUGUGUGUGUGUGUGUGUGUGUGUGUGUGUGUGUGCGCAUGCAUGUGUUUUCAUGGCAGGCCACUGAAUUGUAAAGGGAAAUCAAGGAGAUAACUGCUGUAAAUGCCUCAGAUUGGUUGUUUUUAUAUUCACGCAUACAGUACAUAUAAGCAUAUAUUUACAUCUAUAGAGCAUCUUUGAGACAUAUGACUUAACGGGCCUCGCCGAGGCUGGUGUGGGUAUUUGUAGCAGUCCUGGCUCACUUAUUAACCCGAAGUGGUUUGAGUUGUGCGCUGGUCUGUCCGUUUGCGUCUUGAUCGGUGGGAUUUGCACCUUUUUAGGAGCCAGCUGGUCCCUUUUUUUUUUUUUUUUUUUUUUGGGUGCAUUGCAACAACGGUGAAUCCCAGAAAACAAAUCAACUCAAUCCAGUUUGACUAGUAGCUGAAGCAGGUCUGACGUGUAGCAGUAGUAACCGUGGUCUGGCCGGUGACUGGCUCAGCAUUGGGACCUGUUGAACGGCAGAAGGCAUUAAACACAGAGUCUGGUCUUAUCAACCUGUCUUUGUGAAAAAAGCGGGAUCUUAUAAUUCUUUGGACCUGAUUAUCUUUAAAAACUAUAUGACACUGCUGGACGUUGUUGGAUUUUGUUCUUCUUUCUUUUUUUUUAUUUUUUAUUUUAAAGGUCUCCUUUGCUAAUACUAGCCAAUUCAUUGCACUGACCCGGGACGCUAGGCAAGCAACAGAGGGCACUCUCAAUCUCUUACCUUUAUGCAUUUAUACAUAACGAAUCAACAAAGCAGAUUUGUAAAAGUUUAAUAUAAGAUGUUUUGUGGUUAUCCUUAAACUGUUUAGAAUUAGUAGUUUACCAUUGAUGUUGUUAUUGUUGUUGUCAAUGUUGUUACUAUUGUGGUGAAAUCUUAAGGUUGGCAGCAAAGCCUGUUGUCUAGUUACUAGUGCGACUUCAGGAAUAGACUUGAGUUGCUGCGCUGCAGGUGAAGGGGUAGGGCUUUGAGUUGGACUUGUUUUCUGUAGCAUUCUGGCUGAUGGUGAGGAGGCGCAGGCCCUAGGACGGACGGACGGAUCCACGCUGCUUCUGUAGGCUCCGAUUCGAGGACAUGCUGGCAGCAGGUUGGACGUAUAGUGUAGCACUCCCACCGGUUCAGUGGACCCGCUGUGGUGUUGGUCCGAGAGAUGGAGACAAUCAUGGAUGGAUGGAGCUGUAGUCGGUGUGAACCGAGAUGAAGGGACUUGUAGGAGCGGUUUGCGAUAGGCAAUGAGUUUUAAAUUUUAGACCUUUUUAAAAAUGGUUUCUAUUACUGUGUAUUUGAAGUAUACCCAUCUUAAAGUCGCUACUAUUUAACGGUGUUUGUUUCAUAUUUGAAUGGACUUUCAACACUGGAUUCAAUGAAUUGACAGUAAGCAUAAGCACUGCCCUUGGACCCCCUCCCCCAUUAAAAACACUCAGUCUGGUGUUGGGACGGACGAGGGGCGAGACGCGGUCGACGUGCACGCCUCAUCGGGGAGGAGCGCUCGCUGAAAACCCUUUUGUAAUAAACCAUCCGUAAAGCAGCAGGUUUACUAUGAAUGAGUUUGAGCACCUGCCUGGUGACGGCGUGGGCGUUGGCCAAGCGGGCAGCGAGGAGGGGGGGUGGGAGGAUGCGUCCAAGGUUUGCAUGCAAUAAGUACUCGCGCUCUCUUUUUUUUUUUUUUUUUUUUUUAAUUGAACAGGGGACAGAUCCGUAUUUUACAUGUGCACUAGUUUCACCCAGCCCGGUGGGCGCUGAUUGAAUCUCUAACUAAUUCGAUGUUUUAAAUUGCAAAGCUUGACCGCUAAGCUCCGGUCUGCUAAUCGAUCACUCCCCGUUUUGUAACAUUGCAAAGCAAUAUUAACCCAGUUCUAAUCUUCAGACUUGGAAAAACAAAGCUAUAAUUCUCCUCAUUGUGGUUGUUGGUCUACUCUCGCUAUUGUGUCUCUGUACUUUUUUACUUUUUUUAUUUUAUUUGCUUGUAUCAAUCAGUGGCUAUGUGCAUUUGGUGGAAUAGUUAUGUAGGCUUUAGACAGUUUUCUUUAAAGUAACAAAAUGUAGACUUUGCUCGCCUGCAUGCCAGAUUAUUGUCCUUUUUAACAAAAGAAAAUCUUUUUGGAAUCAUAUUUAUGAGAAAGGAAAAAAAUAUAAUUGCUUUUUUUGGGUUAAAUGUUUAUGGAUUUAGUGGGACUGUUUUAGGCUAGCAAUAUUUGUCCAGUCUCUCCAAGAUGUAUUUUAAAGAUUCCUACACAAAUGUCAGUAAUCUGGGGGGUACACGCUCUUUCCUGAGGGGAGGGGCGCUGCUCUUUGCGUUGUGUUCAAAUUCAAACGAGGUACUUUCUUCAAACGCCAACGUGCUAAAAAGCGACACCCCUCUCCUCUUCGCCAGGAGCGAGCAUCCGUUUUGUCUCCUCGCUCCUGGCUUGUACCCGAGGCCACACCUCCUGGUGGAGGCUCUCCUGUCUCCAUGGCAACUUAGUUGACCCCUCACAAAUGCACUUCCUCUUUGUGGAGGGGCCCCACAUGGCAUCGACGGAGUGGGAUUACCUCUUUUUAACCUUUUUAAAAAAAACAAACAUCACAAUUGUUUCUGUGCCCCAAUAGAGAGCAUGAAUUAUUUUUAAAUUCCUCUCACUUUGAUAUAUUGUUAUAUCUUAACGGAUUUGUAAUUUGACAUUGUGUAAUGUGUAUCUUAAUUUAAUUUUCCUUUUCUUUGGUUCCUUUUUAUUUGGGUUUGUUAUAGCUCUGCUCUGUUUAUUUUUGUUUUUUUUCUGCUAGUGGUCUCUUGAAGCUGUGUGUGAUAGUCCGAUAGCAAUAGAACCAUAGAAUUGGAACAUUCCAAUUCCAAUGAGUGGAGCGUUCUGAUCCUGUGAAUGAACGGACCCUUUUUUUCUUUUUGUUUUUGACCAGUUGUGAGCGGGUGGGGGCUCCAACCCCACCCCAGCAGGAGGCCAUUCACACGCUGUUAUUGCUAUUAUGUGACAUGUUCAGAUUUUUUUUUAGCCUGCAGGGAUUCUUGUGUUAAUGUAAUAAAGUAAUAAAUUGGUCUUUUAUGCCCAAAAUAUA